CUCUAUCAGGAAUUUGCAAUUAAAUUGAAUGCAAAUUAAAAAAGUUGGAUGAAAUGGAGAACAUGCAAAUAGUUGCUGCAAAAAAUGUGGAGGCACAGUUUGUGGAGAUGAUGGUGCCUCUCUAUUCCUACGGCUGUGAAAAGAAAGUUAAGAAGGCCUUAUCCCAUCUCAAAGGAAUAUAUUCAGUAAAGGUGGAUUUCUAUAAUCAGAAGGUGACAGUAUGGGGAAUAUGCAACAAAAAUGAUGUAUUAGCAACCAUGAAAAGCAAGAGAAAAGAAGCUCGUUUUUGGAAUCAACAAGAAGAUGAUGUUAUUCAAAUGGAAGACCAACAAAAAUCACCAUUUCAUUCCAAUAAUAAGCCUUCUGCAACCCUAAUUAAGACUUCUUCUCUAACUCUAAACUGGAAGGCUUGGACAAAAGCCUUUACCAGAUCACUUUCUUUUUAAUCUUAACCAACUAUAUUGUACAAAUUAUUCUAUAUUAAAUAUUUAUAAACAAUUUACCA